AUGCCGUAUGGUCACGGUGGCGAUCAGUCGCCCGCGCUUCCAUCGGUCUGUGGUGGCCUGAUGAUCACGGAUGCCAACCGUCUGGGAGAUGGAAUCAUGGAUAUCAGGCAGUAUAUGGCAUGUGGGAGCGUAUGGAGUAUGGACAAGACGUACCAAUUUGGAUGUUGGGGUAAAAUAAACGAGAUCCUGGAGUGCCAAAGUACCAAUACGCUCGCCCAUUUUGGUGCCGAGUCUGAGGCGGGCAGUCCCCAUCCCAAUGAUCCCAUUCUGCCCGACCUCGAAGCGAGAGCGACACCGACACCUGCUGAGACAGCUGCUGAGACACCUCCUGAGGCACCCACAGCACCGAGAGGAUGA